AUCAGAUCUGCUUCAUGCUCCCACCUCGACUCCCGAGACGAUUAUUUGUGUUGAUGUAACAUGUGAUCGACGAGACCACGCCUCUAUUGUGACACAAAUUCAGUGUUACCAAAACACUACGCGUUCAAUGGUAUUGAGAGAUUUUAAGAGUUUAAGGAAUAUCUUAAAAACUAAUCGCAAAAUUGCAGUUAUCAACACUUCAUCUAUAAUCAAAAUCGCAACUGAAAUGGCUGUGGACCGCGACAAGUGCAUGUUUUGCAGAAUAUAUGAUGGCAAAGAGCGCAACGACAUAUAUUUCCAGGACGAAGACUUUGUUGUGUUUGAAGACCACAAACCGGCAGCUAAACACCACCUGCUGAUUGUCACGAAAGAGCACAUUCCCAACGCCAAGGCUCUAACCAAAAAGAACAUAGCUCAACGCUUGAUGGAGCUGGGCCGACAAAUGUUGCUAGAAAGGGGUGGAGACAUCACCGACGCCCGUUAUGGUUACCACUGGCCACCCUUCAACUCAAUCAAUCAUCUUCACCUCCACGCAAUUUCCCCUGCAAGCACCAUGACUUUCCUCAACAAGUCUAUCUUCAAGGAAAAUUCCUGGUGGUUUGUCUCGCCAGAAUAUGUUGUCGACCGCCUGUCUGAGUAACUACAUCAAGUAUUGAUUCAUCACCCACACCAUAACAAUUGUUCCUUGCUGGUAGUGAGAGCAGAUGCCCUGAGCUCUCUAGCUUAUUAUGCUAUAAAAAUACUGAAUCCAACAUUCCAACCAUUUACACUUAACAAAUAUUACUUAACAAGCUAGUCUUGCUGAAUUGAAAAAAGCAAUAAUAAUUAUUCCUCCAAUUCUGGGUGUUCAAAGGUUUGGCAGAUCUAGAUUUAAUGGCUCUAAGUGACAAAUAGCAAAACACAAUAUAUUUGGGAAAAUUUUCGAAGCUAGCAGAAUUUUUGAGAACUGUUUACAGAGACUAGACCUCAGCCAAAGCCUAUCAAGCUGGAUCUGCCUACCACAGCUAUACAACGAUAAACGCUUGCACUUUUCGCUUCCCCAUCUCAUUAUCGCUUUGGAGGUGCUAUUUUAAUCAAUCUUUACGUACUGACGGGAGUGAUAAGUUAACAAUGAUAAAUGCUAUUUAAGUUGAAUUAUGUCCGUAAUUUAUAAUUGCUGUUGCAAACUCCAGGUCUCGUUGCAUUUCUUCAAAAUGAUAUCGAUGUAAUUUAUGUGCAAAUUGUUACAUUUGUUUGAACAAAAGUUAAAAAUGCCAA